AUGACAAAAAAUAUAUCUACCAAGACAGGACAAAGUGAUGAAACUUUGAAAGAUCCUACAGCUUAUCAAAGGCUAGUAGGGAAACUUUUGUACCUAACAAUGACCAGGUUGGACAUAACUUUUGCAGUUCAAGUCCUUAGCCAAUACAUGCAUUGUCUAAAAAGAUCUCAUAUGGAAGCUGCACUGAGAGUUGUAAGAUAUAUCAAGGGCUUACCAGGAAUGGGUUUACUGAUGCCAUCUCAAGCUACUAGUCAACUAUUUGCCUAUUGUGAUUCAAAUUGUGAUGCUUGUCUAGAAACAAGAAAAUCUGUUACUGGGUAUUUGGUGAAGUUUGGUGGAGCUGUAAUAUCCUAG